CUCUCUAAAUGCCAUGGCUGUCAAAAACAUUAAUGCGAUAGGAUCCAUCAACUUCGUGGCCGUUCUCCUCUCGAUCCCAAUCAUAUUGGCCGGAAUAUGGCUGACCACAAAAGCCGAUAACUCGUGCGUGAAGCUCCUUCAAUGGCCUAUAAUUCUUUUAGGAAUCAUGAUCUUGGUCGUGACCUUAGCUGGCUUGGUGGGUGGCUUUUGGCGCGUGCAAUGGCUCCUCAUUCUCUACCUCAUUUCGAUGCUAGUCAUGAUUAUCUUACUUGGGUUUCUAGUAGUUUUCAUCUACAUGGUCACAAUAGGAGGAUCCGGCCACCUACCGCCGAGCCGAGCCUACUUAGAAUACAAACUCGACGACUACUCUGGUUGGCUUCGCCGAAGAAUUCAGAAUCCUUGGCAUUGGGAUGGAAUCAGAACUUGUCUAAGCUCUUCUACAACCUGCGCCGAACUUAGCCAGAGUUAUCGAAUGGCUCAAGAUUUCUUCAACGCACAUCUUUCACCUUUACAGUCUGGAUGUUGUAAGCCGCCUACGGAUUGUGGGUACACGUUUGUUAAUCCAAGUUAUUGGAUAAGCCCUAUAAAUAAUGCGGCGGGCAUGGACUGUUUGCAAUGGAACAAUAAUCAAACAGAACUAUGUUAUACAUGCGACUCGUGCAAGGCGGGACUCUUGGCUAAUCUUAACCGCGAGUGGCGUUACGCCAACCUUAUCCUCAUUGUCACAUUUGUCGCACUCAUUUGUGUCUACAUAGCUGGUUGUUGGGCCUUCCGCAGAGCCAAAACCGAGAGUUUAUUUAGCCAAUACAAUCAAGGUUAUACCUAAUUAAUUAUUAUAUGUGUUUUGUGUUAAUGGUAUCGAAUAUCUAGGUCUAGUCUGUUUCUCUUUUGGUGUUGUCUAUGUCAUUGAAAAAAGAUAUUGAAUUUUUGAUGGUCGGAUAAGAA